AAGACACCACUCAACAACAUUCGAAUGCGAGGCACAAAUCAAGAUGGGGGCGUCCGACUCGAAGCUCGUUUUCAAGAAGGGCAUCUUCCGGCUCUCAGAAGACAAAGUCAUUCCCGCUGACGAUCCAUACUGGGCAUCCUUCUGGGAACUCCCUGAAUCCACAGAAGAUAUAUUCAGUCUCUUCUCACCGAAUGAUAUUCGACGAACACGCGAUACGGCGUUGGAGAACCUCGAGACUCUUAUUCUUGCGAUCACAAGCCGACUCUUUAUCCUGCGACAUCAUCCCUCGUUUCCAGAUCAAGAAUUUGCGCCAGAACGAGAUGCGUUGAAUUGCAUACGGAUACUUACGCGGAUAUUGCCAUACAUCUACGAGGCAGAGCAAUUACAAGAGUGGGAAGACAAAUUCUUCUGGGGAGUGCGGAGAAAGCGAACACGCAAGGCAUCAUUGGCCCGAGAUGUAUUGUUCGAUGAAUCACAAGAAGAGCUGGCGAAACUCGAGGCAGCAGGCGAGGAAUUCGAGGAGGUCAAGCCGUUGGCUGAGGAGCUGAUUGAUACCCUGAUCGAUAUGCUAUUCUUUGCCGACUUCACCUUGCCCGGACCUCCAAAUACGAAGAACAAGGUCACCUAUGCUAUAUGGCAGAGUGGAGUGGGAUGCAAUACUUCGAUUGGAACAAGCAAGGAGUUUGAGAGCAAUCGCACGGAGAUAUUGAGAUUGCUUUUAACCUUAACAAGUCAGAGCAUGUACAUGUCUGCGAAUCUGCUGCCAGUACAAGGCGUCAAGGCUAUUAGCUACAUCGUUACCUGUCCAGACAAGCAGGUCGUGCUGUCCCUUCUCUGUUCGUUGUUGAAUACUACAUUGAAGUACAACCCAGCUUCAUGGCGCGUACCAUACAAUGUCCAAGUAUUCAAAGACCCGAAACAAAUACUUGUGACAUAUGCAUUACAGUUCUUGCUAGUUAUCCUCCUCUACCCUAUCCCAGAGACAGAUCCAGCUCAUGCCAAGAAAAACUUCUUUCGACAUUUCCUUGGCCGAUUGCAUAGGCCACAGGACUUCCAGUUCAUUGUCGAUGGCAUGACCCGAAUUCUCAACCAGCCACUCAAUGCCAGCACUUCAUACAUUCCCGGCAAUACUCAAACUUCGAAAUGUACCUCUGAGAUGAUCAUGCUCUUCUGGGAAAUAACCCAAUGCAACAAGCGAUUCAGAUCCUUCAUAAUCGAUACUGGCCGCUCGCAUGACUUUUUGAUCCUAAUCCUCUUUUACGCAAUUGAGUACAAACUGGAUGCAUCAAAACAAGGUGUUGUGAGAAUGUGCGUUUUCCUAGUUCAAACGUUGAGUGUAGAGCCGAAUUUCGGAAAGACUCUCAGCAAGAAGUUCGAGAAUCAGGAAACACUCCCACAAACAAUCAGGUUGCAGAACUUCAACGGAUCUUACGCCGACUUCCUCAUCCACUCAAUAUACAACAUCAUCACAACGAGCCAAGGAAAACUUACGGCUAUUUACCCAGCUCUGCUAGCAGUCAUCAACAAUAUUGCUGCAUACCUGGAAAAUCUUGGUGGUUCAGCCUCAUCAAAAUUGAUGCAGCUCUUCGCAUCCAUGUCAUCGCCUGGCUUUCUCUUGGCGAAUGACAGCAACCACAACUUGCUUCAAUCGUUGCUAGAAAGCAUGAAUGCUAUUAUUGAGCAUCAAUAUAUUAAAAACCCCAAUUUUGUGUAUGCUGUACUUCGGAAUUCGAAGAGAUUCGAAGCUCUUCGCUCCUUCACUCUAGAAAGCGGCCAAGAAGAGAUCGAGCGUCGAAAUCGGAGAAGAAAAGAAGGUAUACAAGACCCUGGAGAUUUGUCUGGGAGCAGAAGAGGCUCUGCAGAUUCUCUUAGAAGUCCUACUUUGAGCCACUCACAAGCACCAGCUCUGAGUGAUGUGCCCGAAGACGGAACAUUUGCCAUUGGAGACGACGAAGAUGAUGAUGACGAGGACGAGGAUCACCCAACACCUGCAGAAUCGACGCCUACAGAUCAGCCGUCAAGAGCAUCGUCGGUUUCAUCUAGUGUUGAUGAUGCCGUUCCAAUGCAGCUGAGAGGCAUGUCUGAGAAAGCUCGUGGAAAGAUGCCAGCUGGCAUGCCAUCAUUCUCACGACAAAAUAGCACCACUAGCCUUGCCAGUUAUGCAACAGGUCGUUUCUCUACGAAUGGCUCUUUCGAACCCACAUCUGAUUGGAUCGAAUCCUGGCUUCCAGAGUUACCACUUCACACGAUCCUCACAUUAAUCGACCAAAUCAGCCUUCCAGCCGAACAACGGUCGACAACUGACCACCCAUCGACUUCUAUCCUACGGACCAUUCAAACAGCCAAGAUCACUGGCAUUGAACCCUCGGCCAUCCGUAUUCAAUAUUUCGAAUGGUCGCCAUUAUCUCUUGGAUGGUACGAAUCCCUUCUCUGGGGCUUUGUUUUCACCUCCGAGAUGCAGGUUGCAAAGGGUACUGUAGGUGUUUGGAACGGUACAGGUAUCAAGCUCUUCCGAGUUGAGACUGUUGCUCCUACUGGACCAUCUCUAAGCAGCCCUCGCGGCGCUGUGGAUGCAGUAGGUAGUAAUAUCGUCUCGCGGAUUGGGAAUUUGAAUUUAAGGGGUGUGGGUGGUACGCAAGAUUCUAGUGGCGGUGGCGAGAGACCAGCCGAAAGACCACAACUAGCCAGGACAGGAACUGGAGAUGGACAACGGCCCGGAUUGAUGCGAAGCGCGAUCAUUUGAUUCCUUCUUUUUUGGUUCUCACUAACAAAUAUGCAUGAGGUUGUGGAGAGCAUAGGAGAGGAAGGCAUGGUCUUGUGGUAUUGGCGAACAGCGAUGGCGUUCACGGAAUUAUCAUGGAGUGGAUAGGGAAAUAUGAUAGGAUACGUAGUGAAAUGCGUUGAAGCAUAUCCAUCAGUAAAAUCUUCGCC